AAGUGUUGUCGUGUCCGCCUUUAUACAUCUUUCUUUACAUUUAUUCCUAUACAUUGUCGUCCUAAUGUAUCCAAGACGCGACAUAUCUGCAUUUAAAAACAAACAGUGAUAGCUUUUUAUAACAAACCAAUCCAAACCCCAUUUAAUGUGCUGGUGUCGUGUUAAGGAGCGACUAUACAGCACGUCUGAUGGAGCAGAAUGAUCACAUUACAGUAUCGUACUUAAAUUAUCUGCUGUUGGAUUUUAAUUGCCGCAUAAUUGCAAAAGAAUAACUAAACCAUUUGUAUUUACGUCCCGAACAGCUGUUGCAUUGGAAGAUGAAAGUUAAAUCCAGAAAAAAGAAAACAACCAAACAAAGUCAAAAUGGUGAAGCAAAGCUCUUGAAUGGUGAUGGCACCGACGCCACAGAUAAAACCGAAACACAGGACUGUAUUAUGGACACGUCUCAUAUUCGACAAGGGGAACUGGAAGCCUCUGGAGUCGUUACCGUACCAUCUGAACAAGAGCUCAAAGUAAAUCCACAUCCUCUUGAAUUUAGAGCCGUCGUUCCAAAGACAGAACCAGACUGUAUUCCCUUAAAUCCACCAAACGUUGAGGUCAAAACUGAACCUGGUGUUUAUGAAGCGUUACAGAGAGACUGUGGCCUGAGCUUAAAGGAGGAAAAUGAAGAGGAGUGGACAGAGAUCAAGCAAGAACCACCAGAAGCGAAUUCGGUGGGGGAUUUUGACAUGGAGAAAAGCACAGCUUCCUCCUCUCAGAUUUUGCCCUGCCCUCAUUGCUCUGUGACCUUCACAGAGUUCUCCUAUCUUGACAAGCACAUCAAAUGGUCCCAUCGGAGCGAAUACCUGUCCUGGGUGAAAAACCAUAAAGUAUUCAACUGCUCCAAAAUUUCAUCGGGGAUGCUUAGUUGCUCCUCGUGCCACUUUCGUUUCUUCUCUCAGAGGCAGCUGGAUUCACAUAUCCGCCAGAUCCAUCUCCCCAAGCCCAAACCCACCCGAAAACGCUACACCUGCCCGCAGUGCGAUCGCAGCUUCGAUUACAUCGGUAACCUGAAAAACCACUGCCGCAAGUGUCACGGCCUAACCAUCGUGUCGAAGGAUGGACAUGUAAGCUGUGCUAAAUGUGGAAAAAGCUUUGCUGGAGUCUGGGGUCUUGGACCACAUCGUUGCCAUGAUCCAGAGGAGGACAAGAAGCAGGAGACUGGUGUGGACGGACCCAUUUGCACAGACCGUGGGUAUGUGUGCAAAGUCUGCGAGAAGAACUUGCCUACACUUCAGUCUUUGACCAUACACAAGCGCACUCACACCGGCGAAAAGCCGUUUGCCUGUCAAGACUGUGGCAAGACAUUCGGUGACAGGGGCAGUCUGAGGAGGCAUACGUUCAUGCAUACGGGGAUCAAGCCGUAUAAGUGUCUUGAAUGUGGUAAAGACUUUGCCCGGAUGAGUCACCUCACCAGUCAUCUACGGACACACACGGGUGAAAGACCCUACCCGUGUCUCCAGUGCGGGAUGAGAUUCAGCCACAGGUCGACGCUUCGCAUCCACCAACGUGUCCACUCCAAGGAAAAAUUGUUUUCUUGUCCCGACUGCGGAAAGGCUUUCUCGGCUCCGAAGUAUUUGGAGGUCCACCAAAAGACUCACAACCCCCAGCCCACGUUUGAGUGCAAGGUGUGUGCCAAGAGGUUUACGCGGGAAGACGUGCUGAGGAAACACCUUCGCAUCCACACGGGUGAACAGCCGUACCACUGCGACGUUUGCAACAAGCGCUUCAACCGCAUCCAGCACCUGAAAAUCCACCAGCGCACGCACACCGGAGAGAAACCUUACCGCUGCGAGCAAUGCCGCUCCAGCUUCUCCCAAUCCGGCGAUCUGACGAGACACUUGAGAAGACACUCGGGAGAAAAACCCUACGCGUGUCCCGACUGCGACCGCCGGUUUAGCGACUCGGGUGACCUGAGCAAGCACAGGCGUAUUCACACAGGCCAUAGACCCUACCAGUGUACUGAAUGUGACAAAAAAUUUCUCAUGCCCCAGCACUUAAAAAUACACAUUAGAACACACACUGGAGAGAGACCGUACAGCUGCCCGCGGUGCCCUCGCACGUUCAGCCGCACACACCAUCUCUCUCUACACAUGGAAAAGCACAUUUGAGGAUAGGUAGUUUGUUUCAGGAAAUUAAUAUAAAUUUUGUUUUGAUGUCAAUUGAAGAUCGAUUCAUGUUGCAUCUCAGAGAGAAUUGAAAGGUAGUGGAUUUCAGUUUUAUUAUGCACAGUAUAUUUGUCAUAGUUAGUUUGCAUGGAUGGCUUUGGAGAUAUUAGUCAAAAAGCAUUUUGGAAUAUCUAAAAUGUUUUAGUUAAGAGGCUUUUUGAAAUCAUCUGUUAAUUGAAGAUGCCACAAAUACUUCAUAACAUACAAUGAGCCUUUUUAAAGCAAUAGUUCAUCUGAAAAUUAACGUUUUUAUUCCACCUGAUGUGAUUACAAUCUUGUAUGAUAAAUGUCUACUUCUGAAGAACGCAAAAGAAGAUAUUUAGAAGAGUGUUGGCAUCCAAACAACAUUGGAUCUCAAUGAUUUUCAUUGUACGGACUCGAAACCACCAAGACAAUUCUCCAAAUAUCUUCAUGUUCCACGGAAGAAAGAAUCACAUACUGUACAGGUUUUGAAUGACAGGAUUCUACAGUAAUUGGCAGUAGUUGCAUUUUCGAUUCUGAAAUGUUUCAAUCUAAAUGUCCUUAGCUAUAUUAUUAUGUGCAUACAUAAUGAUAAGAAAUAUAUGUGUUCCUAAUUUUCUGUCAAUAUUAUGUAUCAGUUUGAACUAAAUGAACAUAUUGCUCACUAAACUCUUGGGACUAUGUAUCUCAGGUGUUUUAGCAAUGUUUUAAAAUUGUGAAACCGUAUAAAUUUGUCCUUUUAAAUAAAGCAGUG